AUGUCAACUUCAUUAGUCACUUUAUCUAGGUUCUGCGCCCAUAUGAAGAACUGCCUUAAUGUGACGCUAGCCAAAACUGCUGUUCCAUAUAAUAGAACGAACUUGCAAGUAGCUAUUCAAUUAUAUAAUCAAGGUUUCAUUUCAGGAAUACAACGAGGAUCGAAUACUGGCCCUGACUUGAUACCUUCUGACGUCACUCCAGAUAACAUAAAUACGAGAAGGAUAUGGUUGGAUUUGAAAUACAGAAACAACUUACCGGUGAUAUCCAAGAUCGAAAUGGUUUCCAAGCCAAGUAAAAAAGUUGAACUAAGUGCGGAAGAUGUAAAAACAUUGGCUUCCGGAAUGAAGGUCAGAAGAAUUGAUCAGUUACAACCUGCUGAAUGUUUGUUUAUUGAACACGAGAAUCAACUAUACGAAAUCAAUGAUGCAGCAAAGAAAGGUUUGGGUGGUCAAGCUUUAUUUAGGGUGAGGUAG